UUCGGCCCCUUUCGCUUUCGUUUCUCUUGCGGAGGCAGACCGGCUCGGCACGGCGCUGCUCGGCACAGCCAUGCCGCGGUUCAGCGUGGCGGAGGCGAGGCGUUACGGGGAUCAGUUCGUGCAGUUCUUACGGGAUACGGACCGGGAGCAGGAAAGCCGGAGGGACGUGCUGCGGGACAUCUACAGCCAGGAGUUCCGGGCCAGGACUGACACGAGAACGCCCAGUUUCUCCUCCAUCCUGUAUGCCCUGAGAGCAUCCCAGCGGGCGCAGGUACACGGGCAGACCGUGCGCUUCAAGAAGGAGAGGAGGCGGGUUGUGGUGGCAGAUCAGUACCGCAGGCCCAGGACAGACGUUGAGGUGUCUGCACCCACUGCAGGCCAGCAGCCCAGCUCCGGACCACCGGUGCCACAGAGCCGUGCCAAGAAGUGGGCCGAGUUCAUCCGUGGGAAGCAUGGGGUAGAGAUCAUCUCAGAGUACGACCAGGCAAAUGGGCAGAUCCGCUUCCCUGUGGCUCUCGGCGAGACGAAGACAUUCACUGUGCAGGUGCAGAACCACGGCGCUGAAGCCGUGACGCUGCACCGCUGCCGUCCCCUCUACUGCGUGCGGGAGCUCUCCUUCCUGGAUGAGCAAGGGGUGACACAAGGCCAGGCGCUGCUGCUGCACCCAGGCGGUGCGUAUCCCAUCCAGGUACGCUGUCAGACCAGACAAAAUGGGUUCUUCCGUGCCGUGGUGGUGUUUGAGUUCAGCAAGGAGCUGGAUGGGCCCUUCAGCAUCGGGCGCUCCAUUGCUGCCGUUGCUCAGAGCCAGCUGGCCAGGGAGCUGGGACCCUCGGCGCCCUACAGGCCCUACCAAGCCAGUCUGCAGCGCCCCAUCACUGUCAUCACCGAGGACGGAGUGCCCCCUGCCAGCUCCCUGAAGAAUGAGCUGGAGAAGGAGAUCCCCCUGGGCACCUACCCGUACCCCAAGAGCCUCAAGGAGACCAUCAUGCUCGGGCCCAAGACCAACCCUGACUCCAGCUGGAUGAAGAUGAAGUCACUGCUGGAGGCUCCGUUGCAGCCUGAGAACUACAAGCAGAAGUUUCAGCUGCUGCUGCACCUGGAGGAGAUCCAGCUGGAGGUGGACAUCCGCCGCUACGACCUGCAGGAGGUGCCCAUGGUGCAGAACGGCACGCUGCUGCUCCUCAACGUGCCUGGUGUGGCUGAGAAUCGCCCGUCGGUGCUGCGGGGCGACCACCUCUUUGCCAGCCUGAGCAGCGAGCGGGACAGCUCCCCACGCGUCCUGUACAAGGGCUACGUGCACGGCGUGGAGAUGGAGAAGGUCCAGCUUGGCUUCUCCCCCAAGCUCAUGAAGAAGUUUGUGAACGAUUUGAAGUUCGACGUGACCUUCACCUUCAGCCGCCUGCCGCUGCAGGUGCAGCAUCGCGCCGCUGCCAUGGCCAUGCAGAGGGGCCUGGACAGCGUGCUCUUCCCCUCAGCCUCCUGUCAGCGCUCGCUCUUCAAGGGCACCUUCCAGCCCCGGUGGUUCGACCGCAAGCUGGAGGCGAACGAGGAGCAGUGCCAGGCUGUGAAGCACAUCGUCACCGGGAUGUCCCGACCUGCACCGUACCUCAUCUUUGGACCUCCUGGAACAGGCAAAACUGUCACUCUGGUGGAGGCCAUCAAGCAGGUGUGGUCAUGCUGCGAGGGUGCCCGGAUCCUGGCCUGUGCCCCAUCCAACAGUGCUGCUGACCUGCUGUGCCAGCGCCUCCUCACCAACAUCCCGCCCCGUUACAUCUACAGGAUCAUGGCCAGCUCUGCCAACUACAAGGAGGUGCCUGUAGACGUCAGGCCCUGCUGCAAUUGGGACGACAGUGAGAAGCGCUACGUGUAUCCCAGCAAGGAGCUGCUGCAGCCCUACCGGAUCCUCAUCACCACACUGGUGACAGCAGGAAGGUUGGUGUCAGCCAACUUUCUCCCAGGAUAUUUCUCCCACGUCUUCAUUGAUGAGUGUGGCCAAGCAGUAGAGCCAGAGAGCGUUGUGGCAAUCGCUGGGCUGCUGACCGCCAUGGACCCAAACACCAACCCCAAUGGAGGACAGCUGGUGCUGGCAGGGGAUCCCCAGCAGCUGGGCCCUGUCCUGAGGUCACCACUGGCUGCACAGCACGGCUUGGGCACCUCACUGCUGGAGCGCCUGAUGCUGCACAAUGCACUGUAUGCCAAGUCAGAUGAGGGCUACAACCCGCAGUUCGUCACCAAGCUGCUCUGGAACUACAGGUCCCACGAGGCCAUCCUCAAGGUGCCCAACGAGCUCUUCUAUGACAGUGAGCUGAAGGCGUAUGAGGGCAGCGAGCUUGACGUGCGCAACUUCUACUGCACCUGGGAGGAGCUCCCCAGAAGAGGCUUCCCCAUCAUUUUCCAUGGGGUGUGUGGGGAGGACGAGCGGGAGGCCAAGAGCCCCUCCUUCUUCAACACGGCCGAGAUUGAGGUGGUGGUUCAGUACCUGCAGAAGCUGCUGCAGAGCCAGGGCCGGCGCGGCUGCCCCACCAUCUCACCCAAGGAGAUCGGCAUCAUCUCUCCCUACAGGAAGCAGGUGGAGAAGAUCCGCCUGGCCAUCACCUCUAAGGACCCCAUGCUGAAGGCACUGCCAAAGAUUGAGCAGCUGAAGGUGGGAUCUGUGGAGGAGUUCCAGGGUCAGGAGCGCCGUGUCAUCCUCAUCUCCACCGUGCGCAGCUGCAGUGAGUACCUGCAGCUGGACCAGACCUUCCGCCUUGGCUUCCUCAAGAACCCCAAGAGGCUCAACGUGGCACUCACCCGGGCAAAGGCGCUGCUGAUCGUGGUGGGUAACCCGGCUGUGCUCAGCAAGGACCCACACUGGCACAGGUUCCUCAGAUACUGCCGGGAUGAAGGAGCCUACAGAGGAUACGACGAGGAGCCCCCCGAGGAGGACAGCCUUGCCAACCACCUCGACUCCCUGCACCUCGGCAAUUAACGGCCAGGAGCCCAGCACAGCCCCGCGGAGCUCCGGCAUCCCCGACCCGGCCCCAUCCCGCAGCCGCCUCCUGCUCUGCCCCCUGGAGCCGGGCUGUGAGCUGGAUGGAACCCACCGGCUGUCCCAUGGAGGGCUGCAGCUGCGGCUGAGAGCCCAACCCAGACCGUGGGGCUGAGCCCCGGGACCACCACCGUCUUAUAUAUAUUUUUUUAAAAUCUUAAGCAGUUUUUUUGAUACAACUGUGGAAAACCAAUUGUGACUGCUGGCCCCAGCCCGCAUGCUGAGCCACGUGCAGCACACCUACCUUUGUGCCCUUGGAAUAAACGUUCAGAAAAAAA